UGUGACACUUCCCAAAUCGUUCACGACCACUUCACCACUUCACCAAAUAAUCCUUACCAUGAAACUUAUCUUCUUAGUAGUUUUAAGUUUUGUCGCAAAUCUUCCACUAUGUGCAAAUUUGUUGCUUCCUUUUGAAAUUGGGUUUAAUCCGGACGAAAUAAAGUUCUAUUUAGUACAAAGUACAAGUUUUAAACAAGAAAUUAAGUACGCGGACGAGUCAUCGGUACGUAACAGCUUCAUAAAACCGGGAGGAUUGACGGUUUUUAUUCUUCACGGAUUCAUUGGUCCGACCAACUACAUCUUCUCAGAGAGGCUCAUUAUUCCCAUCACAAACUCAUCGGUUGUCGACAAUUUCAUUAUUGUGGACUGGAGUUGGCUUUCAGGGAAGUUCCUCUUUCCCCUCGACGUACCCAUCGAGUACGUGCUAGCGAUCAAAAACCUGAAUACGGUGGGGAAACAGGUGGCAAAUUUUAUUGCUUGGCUUGUCUAUAAUAAUUACUUGGAUUUGGAUCGCAUCCAUGUUGUCGGGCAUUCACUCGGAGCACAUCUGGCGGGGCGGGUGGGAGGUGAAAUUCAGGCAAUUAUGGGAGGCAGAAAACUGCCACGAAUUACUGGACUAGACCCGGCCGGACCUUUAUUCAAUAUACUCCCAGAAUUGAAAAUUGACCAGACUGACGCCAGUUUUGUCGAUAUUUAUCACUCUAAUGCAGGAAUCGGCGGUGAUAGCUCGUUGGAUGGACAUGUGGAUUUUAUGCUAAAUGGCGGACGUGAGCAGCCAGGUUGUAACAUUAUAACCGACUUUACCAUGGCUUGUAGUCAUCUUCUUUCUCUGUUUUGGUUUCCCGCCACUUUUCACAAGGCUUACGUUGGAUGUCAAUGUUCAAGUCGUGAACUGGAUCCGACAAAUUUUCGGACGUGUAUGGCUCAGUGUCCGAAUCCAGUUUUUGCAGGAAUAUACACACCCCACACGACACGUGGCGAGUACCAAGUGGACUUUCCUGUCAAGAGUGGAUGGGAAACUGUGUAGCGUGAUUCACAUACUUAAUCAUGCUACUUUUAUAUGUUUAAUUAUAAUCUUUAGCAAAUGAUACGUAGACAAAGUUAAGUCGACAAUGAACUCAUAUCUAAUGUAACGCGAUAUGUAUGUACAUAUGUAUGAAUGUUAAAUGUUUCUUGGGGUUGAGAUUCCCUAGAAUCCUAAUGUACUCGAAAAAAACGUAUUUAGAGAUUUUUUGAACCGAUUGACUCACUUUUGGGCAAAAUUGUCUAUGUGCAUAUAUGCAUACUUCGAUGAAUUAUAUGUAAAGUAUUAUUAAUAAUUAGUUAUUUUGUAAUUGUGCAUCAUAAAUUUCCCUACGUAAAACAUAGUUACAUAUGUAUUUACACAUUUGUAAAUACAUCAAAAAGGGAAAGUUGAGACACAAAAAUUCAAACUCAAUACUUACAUGAAGGGAAAUGAUUUAACAUUAAGGUCAGGGAUGCAUAAAACCAAAACUUUAACAGUGACUAAAGGACACUAUUUGUUUUUCCGACUGAAAAAUCGUUGUUUGUAAAAACAAUUCACCAUUCCUUAAAAGAUCUAGACAAUCGAAAUCUAACAAUCCGAUGACGCCAUCGGUCUCGCUCCGAUUUUGACGAAACAACGAUAACUGUUUAGCCUUACACAAAUAAUUGAACACGUGUUUCGGGAUUUUUCGUAAUGCUCAGCUUAAACGAAAUUAUGACGUGAUCCGUGAGCGAGAAUUUCCAUUUGUACCGCGACAUUUUUCUCGUGAGGGAGAAAAAUCAAGAUUCACGCUUAGCGGUUCCAUCAUAAUUUCGUUUAAACUUAAAAUGCGUGGGCAUGAAGUGGUUUUCUCCCGAUUUCGAACUGCUCGCACAAAUUUUGAAAAUUUUGAAAAUUUUGAAAAUGCAACAAGCUAGAGAUUUCCAAAAAUUAAAAUUUUUGAAAACCAGAUUUUUCUUAAGUUAGUCAGUGUAAUUCUGUGCAAAAAUCUUUAUGCAUUUUUGAAACCAGAUAAAAAUUUGAAAAUUUACCGCAUUUCGAUAAAUCCUUAAUUUAGCUUAAAAUUUAUUCCAAAAUUCCCCACAACCGAAUUUUUUACAAUUUUUACUUUUUCAUGAAGACGCGUGAUUUCGGUUGUAGCGGAAAUUGAGUGACUUAAGAAAAUUCGAUUGAGUAACUUAAGAAAAUCUGGUUUUCAAAAAUUUUGAUUUUUCGAAAUUUCUGGUUUGUUGAAUUUUCAAAAUUUUUCAAAAUUUGUGCGAGCAAUUUGAAAUCGAUAGAAAACCACUUAAUGCCCACGCAUUUUAAGUUUAAACGAAAUUAUGAUGGAAUCGCUAAGCGUGAAUCAGGAUUUUUCUCCCUCACGAGAAAAAUCGGUAAAUCACAGUAAAUACUCAAUAGUUAUCUUACUCAAUAGUUGCAUUGGUGGAAAUUUUACUCAAAAUUGAGCAAAUUUUAAUCAAAUUUAUUUCGAGUGUACUCGCAUUAAUCUUUGAUUGUUAUCCUGGGAAUUUUUACUUCAACAUGGUUGCAACGAACUCCUGAUUUCUCUACCUUGAAAAAGUUCGCCUUCAAGUUUAUAAAUAUAAAUAGUUAUAAAUAUUCAUUUCCAAGCACGACAAGUAUAUUUAUAAUAGUGACUGCUUCGAAUGUCAUUUUUAAUGAAAUAUGCAGGGUUGACCUUUUCGAGUUGAAUAAAAAUAUCGUGCAAGUUUUA